AUGAAAGCCGUUCUGAUCCUCCUGUUGGCUGCAGUCCUGUUUGUACAGCCAAAUGGCUCACUCAGGUGUUACACCUGCAAUGCAGAGUUCAACAUGGACAACUGCAACACAGCGGUAACCUGCAAGGAGAAGGCAAAAGCGUGCAAAACAGAUGUGAUCAAUAUGGUGGGGUUCCUCAAUAUCAUCUCUAAGGAAUGUGUUUCAUCAUGCAGUAUGUACUACAAGGACAUAUCCGUGGGCAAAAGGAAUAUCUCGUGCUGUUCCACCGACCUCUGCAAUGCUGGCGGCACCUCUGUCUUCCAAACCAACAGUGCCCAGAUGGCGAUGGCGGUUCUCAUCAGCUUUGCUGGCAUUGUUCUGGGCAGUCUACUGUGA